UGAAAGCUACAUGUCCUUGAUUCUUAUAUUCUUGGCGAUAACCACGCUCUCCAUAAUGCCAAGCACAUCCUGCACAUCUAGCUUACUACCUUGUUAAUUCCAUCACGGUAUUAUAUCGAAUAUUACCAGUCUCUACGACAAUGUCGCUAGGUUGUAACAGUACUCCGAUUAGAUCCUCUGGAUCUUAUCUCGCCUCUACAAGCCAUGCAAACUCCACGGAAGACUUGGUCAGACCGAGCCUUGCAGCUCAAAGUUCAACACAGUCUUCACUCAGGAAGAGAUUCCCCCCGCGUCCCUAUUUCCAUUCCCGCCGGGUCAAAAAGGGCACUGUCGAGAAACCAUACCUUGCGGUAAAGGACCCUCGAGGCAUAUGGAUUACAGUCAUCCCUGCGCUGGGCAUCGUGGUCGGACUGGCUGCCAUAGCGCUUCUAUCCUGGUCCGGCUAUAGAUCAGUCGAUAAACAUGAAUACUGCAAGGUCUUCACGGAUGACUUUUCUAAUGGCUUCAACUCUACGAUAUGGAACAAACAGGUAGAGGUCGGAGGAUACGGAAAUGGCGAGUUUGCGCUGACGACAGACACGGAUGAAAACGUAUUCGUCCGCGAUGGUCAACUUAUCAUCAAACCCACCCUACAAACAGAUAAAUUCCUUUCAGAAACAACCAAGAUAAACCUAACUGCUUACGGGACCUGCUCCUCUACAACAACGCAAGACUGCGUUCAAGUCGUAAACCUCACCGCGGGAGAAAUCGUCGCGCCGAUCAAGUCCGGGAGGAUCACGACCAAGAACUUUGGUGUUAUACGAUACGGUCGAGUCGAGAUCGUCGCCAAGCUCGCCGCAGGAGAUUGGCUCCUCUCGCAGCUCACGAUGUUCCCAGCCAAGGACUACUACGGCGCAUGGCCUGCUUCUGGCGAGAUUGAUAUUGGGAUAGUUCGGGGGAAUAAUUACACAUAUGACAAUGGACGGGGGAACCAGCAGGUGUCGACUCAGCUGCACUGGGGUCUUGAUACCAGCACUGAUCGAUGGCAGAGCACUUCCGGGGCGAGAAAUGCGCUACUCACGACAUUCAAUCGAGACUUUCAUACAUUUGGACUAGAGUGGUCAGACAAGUAUCUCUUCACCUGGCUGGACCACCGCAUCGCACAGGUCACGUACGUCAAGUUCAAUCACCCAUUUUAUCAGCACGGAGGCUUCCACCAAGCGCUUACCAACGGGUCCCAGAUCUCAGAUCCGUGGGAUGGGCCGGGCACCAGUAAUGCGACCCCCUUCGACCGGCCGUUCUACCUGAUCAUCGCGCUGGCUGUCGGGGGCACCUCGGGCUGGUUCCCGGACGAUGUGUAUGGUAAGCCCUGGGUGAAUGAUGCGAUCUCCCCGAGGAGGGAUUUCUGGAAUGCGAAGGAUCGGUGGUAUCCGACAUGGGAGAAGAAUAAUGGCGGGGAGAUGGUGAUUAAGAGUGUUUCUAUGUGGCAGCAGUGUGACCGCGCUGCUACUGAUUUAUCGCAUUUCUCAACAAGUUAGAUAUUAGAGCAUUUGAUAAGAUGAUUUUUGUAAUCGCAGUUACUACUGCUCAAUCUAUCACUCUGCGUGUAAAAG